CAGUCGUCAUCUAUCCUAUGAGUUCAAAAUACUGAUUCCCUUCAUCUGAAUACACAGAUAGAAUGUUAUGGAACAGUUCAAUCCUGGGCUACGAAAUUUAAUAAACCUAGGAAAAAAUUAUGAAAAAGCUGUUAAUGCUAUGAUACUUGCGGGAAAAGCCUACUACGAUGGAGUGGCCAAGAUUGGUGAGAUUGCGACUGGGUCCCCUGUGUCAACAGAGCUGGGCCAUGUUCUCAUAGAGAUUUCAAGUACCCACAAGAAACUCAAUGAGAGUCUUGAUGAAAACUUCAAAAAAUUCCAUAAAGAGAUUAUACAUGAGCUGGAGAAGAAGACAGAACUUGAUGUAAAAUACAUGAAUGCAACUCUUAAAAGAUACCAGACAGAACACAGAAAUAAAUUAGAUUCUUUGGAGAAAUCUCAAGCUGAGUUGAAGAAGAUCAGAAGGAAAAGUCAAGGAGGACGAAAUGCACUCAAAUAUGAACACAAAGAAAUUGAGUAUGUAGAAACCGUUACUUCUCGCCAGAGCGACAUCCAGAAAUUUAUUGCAGAUGGGUGCAAAGAAGCUCUGCUUGAAGAGAAAAGGCGCUUCUGCUUUCUAGUUGACAAACACUGUAGCUUUGCAAAUCACUUACAUUAUUAUCAUUUACAGUCUGCAGAAUUACUCAAUUCCAAACUGCCUAGGUGGCAGGAGACCUGUGGGGACGCUACCAAAGUGCCUGAGAAAAUCAUGAAUAUGAUAGAAGAAAUAAAGACCCCAGUCUCUACCCCAGUGUCCGGAACGCCUCAGCCUUCACCAAUGAUUGAGAGAAGCCACAUGGUUGGGAAAGAUUAUGACACCCUUUCUAAAUAUUCACCAAAGGUGCCCCCAGCUCCUUCCGCCAGAGCGUAUACCAGCCCUUUAAUCGAUAUGUUUAAUAACCCAGCAACCGUUGCACAGAAUUCAGAAAGGAUAAAGAAUUCAACAGUUUUAACAGAUUCUUCAGAUGAUCCCAGUUUACAGCGAUCGGUUUCUGUCGCAACCGGACUGAACAUGAUGAAGAAGCAGAAAGUGAAAACCAUCUUCCCACACACCGCGGGCGCGAACCAGAGCUUGCUCAGCUUCGCUCAGGGAGAUGUCCUCACACUGCUCGUCCCUGAGGAGAAAGAUGGCUGGCUUUACGGGGAGCACGACACCACCAAAGCGAGGGGUUGGUUCCCGGCAUCUUACACGAAGUUGCUGGAAGAAGAUGCAAAGGAGGCCAUGACUGUGCCCAAACCAAGCCCAGCACCAGUGAGAAGCAUCAGCACAGUGAACUUAUCCGAGAAAAGCAGUGUGGUCAUCCCCCCGCCUGAUUACUUGGAAUGUUUGUCCCUGGCAGCGGCUGCAGAUAAGACAGACCUUUCCAAAAGCACUUCUACCUUUAAAGCACCGGCGUCCAAGCCAGAAAGCACCUCUCCUAAUGAUGCAAAUGGGACAGCAAAGCCUCCUUUUCUCAGCGGAGAAAACCCCUUUGCGACUGUGAAACUACGGCCGACGGUGACAAACGAUCGCUCUGCACCGAUCAUUCGAUGAAGAGCAGGCCAGAAGCUCCAGUCCUUCUGCUGUUAAGUUCUCACUUGCAAAAUGAUACGUGUUGUUUGGUGUGCGCUUAACUUUGCAAAGCUUCGCCAAAGGGUGCCUGAUUUCAAAUGUAUUCUACUUGAGCAAAUCGACGCAUUUUCUCAAUUUAACAUAGUUGGGUUGAUACAUUUCUGUCUUUAAGAAAAUAGUUUAGUGACCACCUCAAUCAGUGAAAAUAUUUUCUUCCAUUCUAGUCAUAAGAAGACCGUAAAUUUGGUUCUAAUCCUUAUUGUAUUUUUUAAAUAUUCUGUGAUUUUUUUUAAUAGCCAGAAUGAGGGAAAGUCUGUGCUUUCGUGACCAGCUUUCUGCACCAAAUGAGAGCACAGUUUUAUCUUAAAAAACAUGUGCUCUUACCUAGCAUUAGAACAUUUAUCUAAAGGAAAGGUUGUGUCAGUUUGCGUCUUAGCAUGCAAAUCAUAAUUUUAAGCAAUAUAAAUUAUGAGAUUCUGUAAAAUUUAAUUUUUUAACUUAAAAAUUUUUAAUUUUUGUUUAAUCAAAUAUAGAGCUAAGAUGGAGAAAUCCCCAAUUUUCCCUUGAUUUAGACAUAGCUAUAGAGCGUGGAGAGGCUUUGCCUGUCCCUGUCCCAGCCAUGGUUAGUACUUGAAUAAUCCCAAGAGCUAUUGAGUUUGGUAGUGCAGAGUCAGCGACUGGAUUCACCAGUGAAAACACACCAGGCCGUGCUGCAGGUGAUGGGCCUCACACAUGCGUGUAAGGACCCUGCAUGUGCGCCCCCGGCUGUUCUCACUAAGCUAGUUGACCAAAGCUGCCUGUCACUAAUGAACUCCAAUUUCUUGGGGGCCCAGUUUCUCCACUUCUGAAUCAGGUAGACACACACAUGCCCCCAACCAGUGCAUAAAAGGCCACAUGCCUGAGUUUUAGUCGCUAGACUGUGAAGUCCUCAUUUCAUCCGAGACCUGCCAUUGUCACCUCAGAACCUGAGGUGUCCCGUGAGAGGGAACUCGAGUGAGUGGCCAAGCGGAUCUCUGGCUGCCGGGGAUCAGGCCCUAUUUUGGAGGAGUACAGAAUCAGGCCUCACACCCAGGCCUUUAACUGCAUGUGGGCAAAGAGGGUCUCGUUGGUCACAGCUCCGUUGGUCUCGCCAUAACUAUCAACAUUUUUCUAGAAGCUUGAAACCGGUCAUGGUCAAAUUCAGGUAAACUAGUGUAAAUGUCUGCCACUUCUCGUUCUUGGUCCUGUUCUGGCCGGGUUGGCAAACCAGACAAGAUCCCCAGGGGAUGGGGAGUCAGACCCGCCUGAGGGCUCUCCAGGGGCUGACGCGGCCGAGUGGCUGGCGGGCAGUACACCUGUCUUGAGAAAAGCUGCUCCAGCCAAGAAAGAAAACACAACUUCAGUUAAGUGGCCCGCCACUCCUCACUGAGUAAGAGGAGGGUUCACAGAAGCCCAGUGUUUUCGACAGUGGGGGGGCUAAGGCACACCCCCCAUAUGUUACAGGGGUGGGGGCGCUGGCCUCCAGAGCUCCACUCUCUGGGAUCCUUUGGCUUCAUUACAGAGAUGAUUAGUGUGGUGUGCAGGCUCACCCCGCCCGUUCUGCACCUUCACCGAACAGGCCAUGGUGGGCACCCACCUGCCUCAAGGGGGAUGGGAGGGCUUGCCUCAGGCCCCGGGCACGGAGGUGCGUGUCUGUAAUGUCAAGGUAUUAUGUUUCGUUAUAAUAAUAAAACUUUGAAAAGCACA